CGCCCCCUGCGUCUCUGGCCUCGCCGGUGUUGGGGGGGAUGGUUCUAUCAUGGCGUCAAUGCAGAAACGACUACAGAAGGAACUGUUGGCUUUGCAAAAUGACCCACCUCCCGGAAUGACUUUAAAUGAAAAGAGUGUUCAAAAUUCAAUUACACAGUGGAUUGUAGAUAUGGAAGGUGCACCAGGUACCUUAUAUGAAGGGGAAAAAUUUCAACUUCUAUUUAAGUUUAGUAGUCGAUAUCCUUUUGACUCUCCUCAGGUCAUGUUUACUGGUGAAAAUAUUCCUGUUCAUCCUCAUGUUUAUAGCAAUGGUCAUAUCUGUUUAUCCAUUCUAACAGAAGACUGGUCCCCAGCGCUCUCAGUCCAAUCAGUUUGUCUUAGCAUUAUUAGCAUGCUUUCCAGCUGCAAAGAAAAGAGACGACCACCAGAUAAUUCUUUUUAUGUUCGAACAUGUAACAAGAAUCCAAAGAAAACAAAAUGGUGGUAUCAUGGGACUUCCCUAGUGGCGCGGUGGUUAAGAAUCCACCUGCCAAUGCAGGGGACACGGGUUCGAGCCCUGGUCCAGGAAGACUCCACAUGCCGAGGAGCAACUAAGCCCGUGCGCCACAACUACUGAGCCUGCGCUCUAGAGCCCGCGAGCCACAACUACUGAGCCUGCGCUCUAGAGCCCACGAGCCGCAACUACUGAAGCCCGAGCACUCUAGGGCCUGUGUGCUGCAACUACUGAAGCCCGUGCCCGCGCACCGCAACGAAGAGUAGCCCCUGCUCACCACAACUAGAGAAAAGCCCGCAUGCAGCAAUGAAGACCCAAU